GAAGAAAGCAGUCAGCAAGUAAUCCGGCUUCCGAUCAUGGCACCCAAAGGCUUCAACUUGAUGGAAGCCGCGGAAGAGCUCUCGGACCAGUUCCUUCACCUCACAAAGAGAUUCCUGCCUCAUCUGGCUCACCUCUGUCUGAUCAGCACCUUCCUAGAGGAUGGCAUUCACACCUGGUGGCAGUGGAAUGAACAGAAGGAGUUCAUCAAGAUGUCCUGGAUUAGCAGCCCUUUCCUGGCAUUAAUUUUUGGGAUGAUCAAUACAUUUGGGCAAUUGGUGGGAUGUGUGUUGAUUUUAGUCCAGAAGUAUGUUCCUUGGGCCUGUUUUGUGCUGUUUGGAAUCAUUUUCAUGCAGGUCAUGGCCUAUGGCCUUUUGUGGAACCUCAGAUUCCUGAUGAGGAAUGUUGCUUUGGGUGGUGGUCUGCUGUUCCUCUUAGCAGAGAGCCGGGCAGAAGGGAAGUCCGUGUUUGCUGGGGUUCCCACCUUGGAUUGCACCUCCCCGAAUCAGUACAUUCAGCUGGGAGGAAGAAUUCUUCUCCUCCUCAUGUUCAUAUCACUCCUACACUUUGAAGUGAGCAUGUUCAGGAUCUUCCAAGACAUCUUCAACAUGGCUCUCAUCAUCCUGGUGGCCAUUGGGUUCAAAACAAAACUUGCUGCCCUCACCCUUGUCAUCUGGCUGCUCCUUAUCAACCUCUUAGACAACCCAUUUUGGACUGUCCCCGCCAAUAGGCCCCUCCAUGAUUUUAUGAAGUAUGACUUUUUCCACACCAUGUCAGUAAUGGGAGGCCUUCUCUUGGUGGUAGCCCUUGGACCCGGGGGAGUUUCAAUAGAUGAACACAAGAAAAAGUGGUAA